AUGAUCAUCGAACAUCAGGCGGCAAUGACUGAUGUCCAGGUAAGGGAACAGGAUGCGCAGCUUGUGGCUGAAGAUUGGAUAGUCCUCCAGAUCCAUGGGCACGUUAGAGGCAACGAUGGAGAGAUCAAGGACCCGCAGGUCGGGGAAGUAUCGAGCGAAGGGAACAAGAGCAUCGACGGGGAGAACAUUGGGCACCUCGACGUCCAAUUCAUAACGCAGGCACAGAGAAGCGACGGUGAGGUUGACGAUGCUGUGAAGACCGAAAAGAAGCGGAAUGAAGUCGAUAAAAGGGAUGACCUUGGAUCCCUCAAUCUUGCGGGGGUGUCAGAGACCACGAGAUUGCGUCAAAUCUUCCAAGUUUUCGAGACAGGAAAGAGUCCUCAGAAUCGCACCAUCCAGACGUCUGCGAGCUCGAAUCAAGUCCACACGCCGCAGCGCAUGCCAGUGUUCGAGCGGUGCCUGAAGACAAAACAACGGGACGUACUCCAUAAUCCAUGUCUUCCUCAUGUUCAGAAUCAGCGUUGCCCAGAGCGCAUCAAGUGCAGGGUUCUUCAAGAUCUUGCAGAUACGGGCUGCACGACUCAAUGCGCAUUGAUUUACUUGGAGAAAUUCUCUGGGUGUCUUCUCGUCCGAGACCAGUUGUUGGAAAAUGAGAUGGAGGUUGUCGACGAUCUGCAGAGCUUGAUGCAUUGGCGAAGUGUUGUAGGCUGCUUGUCCAGCUACCGUCCACGGGCUGACCCCCGAAGACGGGUCUGCACGGGAUCAGAGCUCUGGGGAGAAUUCUCCGGGUCGGAACGUCUCUUGGGAACGUGGUCCCGUCUUAGCAAUCGCUGUGUCGCGUAUCUGCUGCACGGAUUGGAAGCUGGCAAUGCCUCGGUCAACCACCAUCAAGAUCAUGACGAAGAAAGCUCUUCAGAGGACAUCAAAGGGUUCAAGGCCGCCGACCUUGAGCGGCAUGAAGACCUCUGGUAUCGCAUACAUCAUCAAGAGAUGUCAUUCCCAUUCAUCGUGUCUCUGUUGCGCAUCGCCUUCAAGUAUGAUCUCGCAGAUCUCUACAAGGAUACAUCAGUUCGUCUCAAGGCAUACUAUCCGACCACUUUGCCCGCAUGGCGCGACGUAUGUGCGACUAAACUUACUAAACCUUCUGCGGACUACGCGAUUUUGGUGGUCAAUAUAGCGCGUUCUACCAACACCAUGUCCAUUCUCCCUGCCGCACUACUCCAUUGUACCCGAGUGGCGUAUGCGAAGUUCGUCAAUGGAGUCCGUCAACCCGAUGGUACUUUGGAGUCCUUAUCUGCCGAAGAUAAGGUCAGGGUGCUACAAGGUCACGACCGACUUCUGGCCGCUGUUCAGGAUAGGGCUACGUGGUUAUUUGAUCUUGCGUGUAGCAGCGGGUGCUCUGGCAAAGACAAAUGCAAGACUGCCUUAUCGGAGCUACCUUCGCAGGCAAUUAGAGAGGGCUUCUUUCACGUUAUGUGGAAUUUCUCAGCUCCCUUCAAUCUCUCCGGACUCUGCCCUGCAUGUCUGAGCAUGGUACAGACUGCGUCAGAUGAGAUGAUGCAUUCUAUCUGGCAGGAUUUGCCAACCUUCAUGGACGUCACAGUGGACCACUGGGGAAAGCUGUCAAUGCAGGAACUCGAGCAGACCUGA